AAGGUUUUGAUCAAGUGCGGUUGUGACGAUCCCGAGGGGGUGUGUGUUUUGACUUUGUUUUGGAACGACGUUGUGGUGGAAAAAUCAUUUAGAGUGUGCUCAAAUUAGUAAAAUUGUGUUGUUACUUUAUUUUGGAGUGCCGAAGAUGGAAGUGCUGCUGGGAAGCUGCUUGAAGAGAAUUUAUAAUUGUGACAUUAGCCGCGAUGGCUUGUCGCAGUCCCACGACAGUGUGUUCUCGGAGUCCGCGGGUACCGCAAGCAGUCUGUCCAUUACUCUUAAGAACGAACUGGCCGACGUGCUGCGAAAGCGCCGAAAGGACCGCGCCUCCGGUGGUGAAGCCUCCGACGAGGAUCUCGGACUGCCGCAAAGUCCCAUCACACCGCAGCGCAAGGACCGCGGUGGCAUCAACAAGAGCGAGGGUUCGCUCAGCAUCCUCAGCAUGACCAGCUGCUCGAGCGAUCUGGACCUGGAGGAACGGUCCGGCUCGAACGCCAGCGGCCACAAUCUGCUGCACCUGGACUCGUCCGCGGGUUCCAGUAUGUACAGCCGGUCGAUACACGAUACGACCGAUGAUAAUGGUUCCGACUCCCCGGCCGCCAAACUGAGCCAUUCCGCUGCCAAACACAAGCUAGCCGUUAGACCAAAGAAGAAGGGACCCACGCGGGCACGUGCACGGCCACGAGAGUCCUCCGUCCUUCCCGCCACCCCGGAGGUCAACGAGGAGUCCCUGAAGCUCUCCACGCUGGACAUUCCCACGCUGGAUUUGUCUCGCGAAGCGGAGGAAAAGUGCCACUCGCUUCCAUUCGGCAUAAAUCCGGGCAUGACCACCACCGCGACGUCAUCGAUCCUGACUAGCAGCAGCAGCACGACCGUCAUCAACAAGUCUUCGCCGCAGCGCGAAUCGACGCUGAUGAGCUCCAAGAUGUCCGCCUCGAUGUCGCUGACGAGCGGAGCGAACUCGGCGAUCUACGUCAAUAGGAACAUUUCCAAGAGUUACGAUUUCAAUGGGGGAUUGCAGGGUGACGGUGAGGUUGUUGUGGAGGAAGUUGAACGGAACGGUGGCAAGGGCAAGGAGGAUGACGGAUUCUUCAAGCGGAUCUUGAACUACAGCUUUAAGAAGAAGAAGCACGAGAAGGAGGAGCAGCAGGUCGCUUCGCCACGCAAGGAAGACAACACCAGUACGGUUUACAUUACGUCUGGAGGUGGUGGGGUGACUCCGGAGCUGGGGGUGAAGCUAUCGCUGCCGGUGAGUGAGGCCGACGUGCUGGACAUGAGCGGGUACAAGAAGAUUAAGGCUGGACCGGCGUCGCGGCAGCGAGUGUUUCCGAAGGAUAUCUUCAAUCCGGAGACGGAAGGUGUGGUGCCACCGCCGAGGGAGAGCCAACGGUACUCGUCGAACGUGGAGGUCAACAGACACUCGACUUCGUCGAACGGAUCGAUUGUGAUUAGUGGAGUUGGGGAGUCGAAAAUUGUUCAGCACAAGAGUGAGGAGUAUUUGGUGUCCAAGAGUCGGAAGUUGUCGGAGUUGAGCUACGAUGACGAUGAUGAUGAGGAAGAGGGCGUGCGGAAGUACCAGCAGAACGUGGACAAGGUAAAGAGUUCGAAGGUGUACGGAUUGAGUCCGUACCAGCAGCGAAUCGCAAAGAUUUCCGUGAACCAGAGCGAGUCACCGAAAGACAGUCCCACGAAGAGGAAGGCUGUCGAGAAGAGCAAGAGCUUCCGCGUGUACAGCAGCGAUACCGUUUCGAACAACCUGACCAACGCCAACAACUUGCCUAGUCUGCCCAACCUGACAAACUCUCUCUCGAUCGGGAACUUUAGCAACAACUUCCUCGAAACGGAGCACAAAUUCUUCAGCAUGACCGAGAACAUCAACACGGGCAACCCGAAGAUCUUCAAAGACUACAUCACCAACGUGGACGAACCCCUCGAAGAAGGUCGCAUGGUCUCCUCCAGCUCCUCCCUCCAAAAGUUCGAAAUCAACGACAACAAUCUGCUGAACCCGCGCGAGCAGGAACACGUCGAUCACCAGCCAAAGUCGAUCGUCCUCACGACCAACACGAUCCCCGCCCCCGAACCGAGCAUCCUCCACAAAUCCAACCAAAACAUCUCCCAGAUCGAGGAAACCAUCGACAAGCUCGUCUCCUCCCAGUUCGUCAGCAUAAUCAAGGACGCCGGAAGCAAUGAUCGGCUGGACCAACCCGAAACCCCAUCCUCCACCGUCCCCGAGUUCAUGAAGAUCCAGCUCAACCGGGUGGACACCCCGAGCCGACCCAAGUCCAACGUGAUCCUCACCACCCCCCAAAGCAGCAUCGCCAGCACGCCCUCGCCAACCCCGGCCGCAGACGACACCCUCCUCAAAACCCGCCGCUUCAGCAACGAAAACAUCGAAAUCAGCGAAAGCAAACCCCCGCUCCCUCCAUCCGCCGUGAUCGUCGCCGCGCGUAACAGCUUUGUCGAUGCGCCGCCGCGAAGUCCACCGGCAUUCAAGCGGGCUGGUGAGCUUGGCUCAAAGCGCAACUCGAUGCACCUCAACCAUGAGAUUGGCGGCACGGACGAUCGGAAGGUGAUUCUGCAGCGCCGGACGUCGGUGACGGAGGAGAAGAUCAAGUACGAGCGGAGGAUUUCCUCUUCGUCGGAGGAUAUCAAGUUUGAGCGGAAGAAGUCAGGGUCGGAGGAGGUGCUGGAGAAGAGGAACAGCAGCGGAAGCAGUAAUUACAACAGCGGAUCGAGCAGCGGGGACGAGUUGGUGGUGCUGCGGAAGAAGUCGAUCGUGGAUAACUUCAAGGACAAGGACAAGGAUACGCCGGAGCUGAUGAAGGUGUUUGCGAGGAGGUCCCUGAAGCUGCGAUCGGACGAGGACUACCGAACCGGCGAGCCCAAGACCCUCUGCAACGUCGACAGCGACAAGGAGAACCAUUCCAGCGAGGAAAAGCUCGACAAGAUUGUCAAGCCCGAAGUUUCGCUGAACGCAAAAACAAACGCCAAGGAACCGUCCGACGGCAAAACCACCCCCGACAACACCUCCAACGAAGUCCUGCGCAAGAGCAACUCCAAACCCUUUGGAGUGCCGAACCGCUUCGGAAACGCCAUGAACGUGCAACAAACCCGGAACACGACCUCGUUUGUAGAGCUGCGCAAAUCGCUGAUCCCCGGAACGACGACGACAACGACGCCAACGACGGGAUCGCCGGCCACCAACGGAACGACGCAGAAUGGCACCAACAACAACAACCCCGCGUCUAAGAAUGGAAUCGAAAACGGUUCGCACGAGUCGGCGCCGCUGAACGGGAACAACAACUCAAACCGCCAUACGAUCGCCACCAUGAACCAGUUCAAUCUGAACGCGAGCAACAAUAACAUCAACGGGGGGUUGGCCGCGAGCAAUACCAAUGGGGCGACCAUUGAAGCGCUGGGGGAGGUGAAUGAGUUUAAGGGGAUUCUCCAGCGAAGGGCCGAGUGGGAGAAGCGGGCGAAGGAGGGAUUCAAGUGAGGAGAUUGGUACCCAGUGCCAAACCAAUAAAAUCUGGUUGCUCAAAACCAACAACUUCCAAAUAAUCCGGUAGAAAUCUAGCGCACUGUAGAUCGGUGCGCGGGUAGCGAAAAUCCUUCUAGAGGGAAAAGAAAGCGGUAGAGUUUGCAACACUUUUGCUCAGAAAAUUUAGAGAAGAAUCGUUCCAUCUAUCAGCUAGAACUAGACGAAAAAAUGAUCGCGCUCAGUCGUACGUAGAGGAAACUCCAACAAUAAUUUCAGUGUUCUUUCGACGUAAUGAUCUCCCCCACCGAGCAACAAUUAUUGAGAGGAAUAGCAAAAGCGCGUACCUUAACGGCACAGAUAGCACGAAGUCCUAUCCCUGAAAGCUGAAAUCGCAAAUCCAAAUCUGGUGUCAUUCCGUUGAAUUUUAUUUGGAAUCUGCAUAAGUCCAUUCGAACAAAUGAUUUUGUUUAUUGCUUUCACAACAUUUUUGAGCUUUGUCCUUAAAUUUUUUUUUUUAUUAAAGCAUGUAAAUUAAAUUAUUUGUUUUAUACUUUCCAAAAGAUUAAUUUCAUUAUUUUCAUUGUUGAAUAUUUGAUGUGUAUUUUGUGUGUGUGUGGUUGUUCGACUAGGGGGGCAUGCUUAUUAAUUUCUCGUCGCUCCAUACCCUCAGUGAUGCGAUGGGAGCAAGGGCGUCUAUGCGAAGUGUCCCUACACCCGCUACAAAUUACCGGCGCUUGGGAUGGGAAGAGGGAAACCAUUUUAUUUUAUGCGCCGGUAUUUGUAGCAUUAAAAUUCGUUCAAAAAAACUUAUGCACGUGGGUGUACAGAUUACGGAGUAAAAGAUGAUCGAAUUGUUCACCUAGCGCUCACAUGUGUUUCGGGACCAAGUUGCCUGCGGGUAUGGGGAUCAUACAUACAUACAUACAUAUGUAUUUUGUGUGUGUGUGGUCCAAUCCAAUACCCGCUAACCGGUAGCGAUAUUAUGGGAAAGUAUAGUUUGUAUCAGACUUUGUAUAUGCCGAAUGCUGAUACAACUUAUCUCAGUCCCGGGUAUUAGGUGGUGAUAGCCCUCGCGCUGCUUCCAACGACCCGUUUCAGAAUGACAGAGCUCCCCUUGCGGUCCAAUUCCGAGGUCGCUGGGCAUUGUUCGGCCCCGCCUAAACAUAGAAGCAAGCAUCUGAAGGAAACUCGAUCUAUAUUUAGACUUCCAAUCCCAUCAGGCUAAUCAGGGAUCAGCGCGUAUUUAAUAUGAGAAGAUAACAUGUUUCAACACUACGGAUCAUUUCACUGCUAGAGUGUAAACCUUCUGAUGGCCGACUGCUUAGCGUCCCAGACCACCAAUCCAAAGGCGUGUGUUCGAACCUGAUUCAUUUUCGUUUUUGUUCAUAUUCAAUGUUCGAAUUUCUGAUUCCAAAUUUCAAAGGUAUCGACCGGGAUUUGAUCCCUGAACCUUCUGCUUGUGAGGCAGAAGCCGUAACCAUUAAGCCACGGAGCCGGUUGAAUAUUUGAUGUGUAUUUUUAGCACAAAAAUCUAGUUAUAACUGGACAUCUAAAUAUUUAUUGAAAACUUUGGUUUAAUUUAACUGAAAUAUUUUGUAAAGUUUAAAUAAAAAUUAGAUUCAUGAAAUUUGAAUUUAAUCGAUAUUGUUGAGAAAUUUUAAAUAUACGGUUCAACGUGAAAUUUUAUUCGAACGGCAAAAAACAGCAUUUCAAUAUUUUAAUUGUUGUAGUUGAAACUAGGGCACUAAAAAGACAGUUUUAUCACGUCCGACUCGUGUGUUUGUCGGCAUAAGACUGACUGGCAUCAGCUGAGUAGAACAAAGCAACUACAAUAUCUACAAAUUACAAACAAAUCUGAAAUUUCAAAAAUUCUAAGUUAAUAUCUGGAGUUUUUUUUAAAGGUCCAAUAAACCAAAUUUUCAGUUUUUGCUUUUUGGGUGUUUUUUAAUACCCCUGACUCAAGGCGGUUUCAAAAACACCCAAAAAGCAAAAACUGGAAAUUUGGUUUAUUGGACCUUUUCAAAAAAAAAAAAAAAAACUCCAGAUGUGUUUGUUUAAAAAAUAUGUAAAUUCUUAUCGGAAAAUGUUCUCAUCUAGAUUUUUUAACCGAAUUCAGUAAAAUUUAAAUUUUCAGUUAAUUUUUAACAUUUUUUCGAGUGCUGGUGACAGAAAACUAGCAUUAUUUUAAUUUAAUUCGGUAGUACACUUUUUUAUUGCUCAUCUAACAAUCGAUUUAUGUUUUAUUUUUCAAAGACCCUUGAUUUUUACACGUAGCAGAUUUACUUCUUUAACAUACAACAAACAAAGAAAUUUGCAAUUGGAAAAUAAAAGAUUUUUUUUUGUUUUUUUUACACAAACUCUCCCCUUUAAAAUCCAUUUUUCAACAAACUUUUGAUCAUUGAAUUGAAAAGAAGAACUCCUAGAAUUUUAGAAAAUUUGAGGUUUGGAAGUUUAACUUUUUUAUGUGACUACAAGCCUUACCCGACACACUUCGUUCUGCCUUUUUUUCGUUUGUUGACGUUUUUUUGCUUUUUUGCUUUUUUGCUUAUUCAGCCUCCUGUGAUCAAAAUUUGAUUUUACGUAACUUUCCUCAUACAAUUUGGCGAUGCUCCGGAAUCGGUGUCAAUUAGUUAUCGUAUAAACCUUCCUUGGGCUUAUACGAACCCAACGCAACAAAGAGCACCUCGAUCCGACGCUCCGUGUUAAACUGAUUCGCGUUCGAACAAAACCAUCGAAAUUAUUCAUAUAUAUAUAUAGAUGCCAGUGUUAAAUAAAUAUGAUUUUUUUCUGAGGUCAACUUUGGCAAUGUUUUUUGCUAACAUUUCCUGUAUUUUAUGUGAAAUUUUCUUCGGGUCAUUUGGAAAAAACAUAUUUUUAUACUUUUAAAAGUUCGACCUAUUUUUAAUGUGAUAAAAAAAUAACAUAAAAAUCAAACCUCAAAAACCUAUUAUUUCAAAAAAUUGCUUAAAAAUUUUAAACCAUGAAAGAGCAAAAAAAAACACAAACUAAUGAUUAAUAUGAAAAAACAGAACAAAUUUUAAUUUUUUUUGAAAAUAAACUUUUUAAAAUUGACCUCGUUUUUUUUAUUUCAAAUAGCUUUAUCUCAGCAAAAGUACAACCAAAUGUCCUGUUAUUUAUGUUGUCAAUAGUUGAAAAUAUAUUUUUAUUGCCCAGAAAACAAAAUUGAAAAAAAAAAGAAGUGGGUGUUAAAACCAAAAUAAAACUAGCCCUUGACAUUUUUUAUAUCGAAUUUCGAGAGGUUUACACAAAAAAAUCUUGUUUACUUUACUACAAACAAAAUCUCGAAGUUUUAUUUUAUUAUUGAGGGAAUAAGUUUUCAGUCGCUCUUUUGAAAAAUUACUUAAAAAUUAUACAACUGAAGAAUUUUAUUCAUAAAUCUCCAACAUUUUGAUUUCUUUUUUGGUUAAAAUCUAAAUUUGAUCAAAUUUGAUAAUGUUUCUUUUUUUAAUAUAAUUUCAAAAUUUCAAUGUUCAAACAAUCCAAUUUUAUUUUUAUCGAUUGAUUUUUUUGUCAUAAAACUUUACAUGCUUUAUAGACAAGUGAUUGCGCUUUAUCUGCAAUCGAGUGUUUUUCUUUUGCACUGUUUAUUGUGAAUUUUGACCAGCAGCAAUGAAUUAUUACAAAUUUUCUUUUAAGUUAACUCUUAAAUUUUUGGAAAAGUCCACUAAUCGGAACUAAUAAAGGUAUUUUUUGGAACUAAUUCAGGUUAUUUUUGCUUGAAAAUAUAUUAUCCAUCGAUACUUACUGAACCUUCCAAAUUUUAAGAAAGCAAGCAAAAAGUCAGUUCGAAACUUUCAGAUUCCAUAAGAAAUGAGACCAGGAAUGACCACUAUUUGUUACUUUUUGACCAAGAAGAAAUCUAAAGGUGCACUCGCGUUGCGCGAGUAAUAAAUAGUUGUCAUUUGUCCCUGCAAAACUUUAAUCGAAAAAGAAACCGUAGUUAGCAAAAAGGAAUUGUUAGAGCACCCCUUUCUCUCUUCUAAGUGUUGUCCUAGGCUGAAUGUGUUGAUUUUAUUGCAUAUUUAUAAAAAAAGGAAAAGCUUGAUUUUAUAGCUGACACACACACUUGAAUCGCUACGAGUUUGUCAACACACUAAAUGUGACGCAAUCAAGCCUUAGCAAUAGAAGAAAAGACACGCGAUCGCGAUUGAUUAAAAUCGAUUGUUUCUUCCUAUUAUUAUUGUCAUUGUUUAUACCUUUAGAGACUUACUUGUUGAGGCAAAACACACACACAAUAAUUAAACACGCGAUAAUCAAAAGUAAUGUUCAUUUCAAAUACUAAAACAAAUGUGAUAAGAUAUUAAAUUUACACGAAAAAACACACUCACACACGUAAGAAAUGUAUACACACACGCGAGCGAAACUGUGUUGGCGUGAUAUUUUAGAAAUUGUAUUAUUUUGUGAGAAUCGGAAAAAAGCAACGUCUAUUUCUCUCUCUCUCUCUUGUAUAUUUUCCAAAUAAUCGCUUAUAUUAUAUCUACUAAUUUACCUACCGCGUCGUCGGAUCGAGUCGUAAUAGCAAGAAGGAUUUUGUAGAGUAAACUUUCCGUAUAAUCUUAUUGAAUAUUUUGAUAAAAUACGAAAUAUUAUUUGAUACACACGUAAAUAUUGUAGGAUUAUUUUUUUAUAUAUAGCAAACGAAAAAAGGAAGUGAUUCUUGCAGAGAAAUUGCAUUGUAAAUAACCGGUUGAGUUUGACUAUUGCUACACACAGACACAUUUACUAAUGAAAUCUAGAUUUUAGCAACUCAAAUGCUUUUCACAUAGCUCGUUGAUUGGAAAUCAAAUCUUUACAUAUUUAUGAAUGGUUACACCAAUAGGAAGCGAACAUAUUUCAUUAGCUAUUCGAAACAGUUAUCAAAGUCAAUGUGUUUAGACUAGUAUCGAGUCAGAAAAUCAAAAUCGAAAAAAAAAGAAA